CAGAUGUCAGACAGUCGCUCCUGUACAGAGGUGCACUAUGAUGUGUCGUACCAAAUGAACUUCCAAAACGCUGACAUUGCCAGUGUCGCUCUUUUGCAUGUACUUCCAGCCCACUGUGCCAGUUUUGGAAACUCUAAUAGCUUUUGACUCACUUUGAUCGUGUGAAGUUGCUCUGGGACAGCAAAGGUUUCUCGAACACAGCAACUGGAGUCUUGGAAGAGGGGAGGAUUUUCCUGGAACCGGUUUCCUUGACGGUUUUUGUUGGGAGUAUGACUGCUGAUAUGAACAGUUAGAUAUUUUAUUCAUUUUUCACAGACAGGAGAAAGUAAGCUUAUGCUUCCCUUCAUCCUCCUCGCUGGAUAUCCAUGGAGAGGAGGACCUGUACGCUCUCACGCAGCUCUUGGAGUUACUUGCAGCCGAGGCAACAUCGUGUGUGUUGAAUUUAACCAACCUGAGAAGCAGAAUAGGACACACUCCAGCUCAUUUGAAUGCCUUUGCUAGGAGUUUGCUGGUUUCUGUGCUGCAGGCAGGGCUUCAGUUUGCUCGGACGGGACUAUGGGGAGAAAGAGGAGGAAGAGUCUUUUGAAUUGCGCAACAAGGAGGACCUGACUCCCAAUGGACGGAGUCCAGCUGAGGUGACUGUUUCUCAACCAACUCGCACAGCCAACGGAACGAACGGACACGCUGUCUCAGAAGGGUCUGAGGAGAUGAAGAGUCUGAUCAUUGAGAAGAAUAAGAUGGGCCUGGAGGAAGAGUCAGAGCUGCUGGUCAAAGGAUGGCUGCUGCGGGAGGUUCGAGGUAAUUGGAUAAAGCAGCGUCGGUACUGGUUCGUGCUGAGCCAGGACUCCCUCGACUACUACAGUGGACCAGAGAAAGGGGCACGCAGACUGGGAACCCUCGUCCUCACCAGCCUCUGCUCUGUCAUCUGGCCGGACAAGCAGACAUACAAGGAGACGGGCCACUGGAGCAUUACAGUGUAUGGGAGGAAGCACUGCUACAGGUUGUACACUAAGCACUUCAACGAGGCGGUGCACUGGGCGUGUGCCAUCCAGAAAAUCAUCGACACUAAAGCACCAGUGGAAACACCAACACAGCUCCUGAUUCGAGACAUCGAGGAGAACAAGUUCAACCCUGAGAUAGUGGAGCAUAUCUAUCAGCACAAUCCUAUCCUGAAGUACACCCAGGGCCCCCUUUACGCUCCUCUGCUGCCCUUCCCCUACGGCAGCCUGGAGCACACAUACCACAGCGGCAAAGGCUACGGCUCAGUGCGUGAGGAAGCUGUGAAGCUCUUCAACUGCCUGCAGCAGCUAGAGUCAGCACGAGAGCCGGUUCCCAUCAUCCAGGGCGUGCUGCAGACUUGCUUGGACCUGCGGCCUCUCAGAGACGAGGUCUACUGCCAGCUAGUGAAGCAGACCAGCUACACGCCUGCCCCGUACACUGCAGCACACCUCCGCUACUGGCAGCUGUUAACCUGCAUGAGCUGCACCUUCCUGCCUGGGCCAGUCGUGCUCAAGUAUCUGCGAUUCCACCUCAAGAGGAUCCAGAGCCACAGUCCUGAGUCUGAGAUGGAUAACUAUGCGUCAUUCAUCAGCGAGGCUCUGGAGAAGACAAAGUGUCGGGAGUGUGUGCCAUCCUGGGAGGAAAUCCAGAUGCUGAUGAGCCGACAGGAGAUGCUCUGCACUGUGCACUAUCCUGGCCCUGGAUCCUGCCAGCUCUACAUUAGUUCACACACAACUGCCAAUGAGGUGGUUCGGAGGAUGCAGGAGAAGCUCAGCCUGCAAGAGAGCAAGAACACUUUUGCACUGUACAAGCAGAAUUCACUGUGGGAGCAGCCGAUUGCGGGCGGCACUCUGAUCGCAGACAUCCUGACCAGCCUCUCCACCAAAGAGUCAGAGAAUAAGUCCCAAUGGAAAUUGUGCUUCAAGCUCUACUGCCUGUUGGAUUCUGACAGCAUAUCAGUGGACAGCAUUGAGUAUCUCCUCCUCUUUGAGCAGUGUCACGAGAUGGUGGUGCGAGGCCAGCUGCCUGCCUGUGAAGAGGACCUUCAAGUUUUGGCUUCCUUGCGGCUACAGUAUCUGAGCGGUGACUUCAGCACUCACUCGCCGUGCCCGACUCUGGACGAGCUUUUCCCAGGUCACAUGCUGGAGGCCAGAGUCCUCAUGUCUCUUUCCGCACCCCAAGCCCUGCCUCCAUUCCAGGUGGCGCCGCAGGGUUGUCCUGCCACGCAGCGCUUCCUGCCCGGUGCACUGUGGAGCCACACAGCUACGGCAGCGCACAAGCAGAAGGUGGAGCUGGACAUGCGACUGCGGAGCCGGCUGAAGGAGGAGGCAGCGGCCGUUAUGGGAUCCAUCUUGGAGAGGUGGAAAGGAUUGGCUGGCUACAGUCGCAGGGACAGUAUGGCUGCCUACCUCACUAUUGCACGCCAGUGGUCGGGCUUUGGAUGCACUCUUUAUGAAGUGGACUUUUAUAUUAGUUCGACAGGGAGCUUUUCCCAGAAGCUGUGGUUGGGUGUAGCUGCUACAUCCGUGUCUCUGUAUCGACAGGGAGAGGCAGAGGCCCUGGAGUCCUUCCCUUAUGGACAGAUCUGUUCCUAUGGGGUGUCGGAUAGCAAUACUUUCAAGAUCACAGCAGGGGAUCGAGAUCUUCUCUUUGAAACCAACAAGCUGACUGAGAUCAUGCAGCUGAUGAAUGCGUACUUCAGUGCCAUCCGUCGCCAGCGAGGGAAAGGGGAAGACGCUGACAUCACCAUGGCGCCCACGCCGACACCCACCCUCCUGGAGCUGCCCUCUCACCCCGUCUGAGAAGGAACCGUACCCCGGACACCAACAACCCCCCCCAACCACCGUCCUCCUCCACGUGGCCCCCGAGAGGCCAAGCCCCGGUCCUCAGGACACCACGCCUCCUCCACUGGGAACGGCACGGCAGCCAAAACAAAGAGAGGGCUGUUUUCGCUCCACGUCCGUGAAAAUAAACCCUCACUGAGCUUUCCAGCUGAAGGAGCUGGCCGAUAGAGGAGGGUGGGGGGGUCAGGGAGGGUCAGGGAGGGGAGGGGGCGGAAAAGCAAGGCAAGGGGGUUCUGUUUUGCGAGUGAGGCCAGAAACCCACAGAAACCAGUGUGGUUGCUGAUGAGCUGUCACACACCCUCCACACCAUCCUGUCACGCAACCAUCUCUGUUACUCUACAUGGCAACACCCCCCAUCACACCCCAACCUCACCCUCACCCUCACCCACCUAUCAACAAUGUGAGACACACUCUCUCAGGGAGAGAUAGCAUCAAAAAAGUCAGGACUUAUAGAAACAAUAAGCUGUGGUACUCUCCUCAUGAAGGUAUGGCUUAGAGUGAAACACCUCUCUCUCUCUCUCUCUCCCUCUCUCUCUCUCUCUCUCUCUCUGUCUCUCUCUCUCUCUCUGUCUCUCUCUCUGUCUCUCUCUCUCUCUCUCUCUCUCUCUCUCUGUCUCUCUCUCUCUCUCUCUCUCUCUCUCUCUCUCUCUCUCUCUCUCUCUCUCUCUCUCUCUCUCUCUCUCUCUCUCUCCCAUUGUGCCAUACUUGCUCUGCCUUUCCUAGAAGGCAGCCAUCUCUCACGCACUGCUGGAAUAGUGUUGAGAGCAUUCAGUGACACACACACAUACCCUCCCUUGUCCUUGGCGCCCGCUCUCUGUUUCACACACACGCAUACACACACGCAUACACACACACUGACACACUCUCUUUCACACAUGCCCUUAUGUUGACAUGUUAAUCAGAGACGGUCAGUUUUCAUAAGGUCCCUGCCAGGCUUGCAUUACCUGGAACUGUUGAUGCAGUGAGCCAUGUGAACUUGGAACUGGAAACAGAUGUUGAACUCUGUAGCAAAGUCACUCUGGCUGCCGUGUCCAUAUAGACUCCUAUCUAUGGGAUUAUCAUUGUGUGUGUGUGUGUGGGUGUGUGUCUGUCUGUCUGUCUGUCUGUCUGUGUGUGUGUGUGUGUGUGUGUUUGUCUAUUUGAUCCAGAGAACAAUUUCCUCGAUGACACACUCAGGAUCUGAGUUGAUUAAGUUUCACAUAAACCAAAGGAUCCUAAAAGAAUUUUGCUUCCUCGUUUCCACCAAACGCUCUCGUGUGUCUCUUUGUCGUGCUGCUUCUUGUCUUGGCUGUAAUCCUCGACACGAGACGUGGUUAACACUUGACUGAUUAGACUUUUUUUCAGUUACUGUCCUAAUGCAGCUCUACUUGCUGAAAGUAACAGGUGCUUCUCUGUUUGUUAUUGUUAUUUUCAGACUGUGUAUAUAUCGUAAAAAGUACUCAAAUUAAAGUCAACAUAAAACCCUAAAGUAGAUAUUUGGUAUUUUAGAAGAGUCACUAUAUUCACCACACAGUCCCCUGUUGGCCCCCUGCUAUUUAAACAGACCUUUUUAAUCAGGCCGUGGAUGCUUUGGUAGAAUUAUUUUGCAAAUGUAGCUUUUUUUUUUUUUUUUACUGUUCUUAAUGUCUUAAAUCCAGACCCAGAUGUGUUUUGACAUCAUUGAACUAAAAGCUAAGAAGGCUUUUGGUUUCGCUCCCUUCAGCUGUUUGUAAAUCCUGUGUAGCUCCUUCUCUGUGUUCACUGUCUGAGUAUUCUUGUGAAGCCAAAGUUUUGCCAAGUCAUGGAUUUGAGCAUGGACCAAAGAUGUAUUUCUUUUUAAUAAGCUUUCAUUACAAGAAUUAUCCCAAAGCAGACAGACCCCUGAUAUAAAUUAGGCUGUUCUCACAUUUUAUUGUUUGUGUAAACUUGAAUGUCAGGCAAAUAUGAAGACAUCCUGUUGUAUAUGUAGCACACAUUAUUUCAAUGUCGUAGAUAACCUUUUAGGAAUCUGAGACCAUGAAUAGGUUUUGUAAUAUAAUUUUAGAUUGCUGUCAGCUACACAACCCCAUGCAAUAACCAGCAUCGAGACUUAACUCUUCACACCAUGAAAGGCCUUGAUGAGUGGUUGCACAGUUGGCCUUGUCCCCUGCUCAGAGGCAGGUUUUUGCUUUUUGUACUGCAGCUGCAGGCAGCUCCAAGCUACAUGUAUGAAAAAAAAUCAAACUGCGGAUGUUUUUUUGCUUUGUAUUAAGCUUGUUUGUAUGCUGCAUGGUACUUUUUUAUGCAAUGUGUGUAUAGUUAAUUGCACUAUUGUUCGUUUUUGACUAACUUGGAAGUGCAAUAAAGACUAUAAAUACUGUAUGUAAUUAAUAAAACAGCACCAUUUUACCAUA